GUCUCCUUCCCUUACAUUUACUGUUACUAAAUUCCCAUGAAGAAGACGAUGAAGCCGCCCUCCAUUUUCGACAUCUAUAUAAACCUCGGCCCCUCUGGCUUCAUUCUACAGCCAUUGCCGCCCAAUCAGUCCGAGACUCGAACGAAAUGGAGCAGAAGCUUGAAAGCAAAGGCAAAGUGUGCGUCACUGGAGCUUCUGGAUUUUUUGCUUCUUGGCUUGUUAAGCGAUUGCUUUUGUCUGGCUAUCAUGUGAUCGGUACUGUUAGGGAUCCAGGGAAUGUGAAGAAGGUGGAGCAUUUGUGGAGAUUGGAAGGAGCCAAGGAGAGGCUUCGACUCGUCAGGGCUGAUUUGCUGGAACGUGGGAGCUUCGAUGAUGCUGUAAUGGGAUGUCAUGGCGUUUUCCACACUGCUUCCCCUGUCUUGGAUGCAACCCAUUCCAAGGACGAAACGCUGGAACCAGCUAUUGAGGGCACAUUGAAUCUGCUACGUUCAUGCAAGAAGAACCCAUCUCUAAGGCGUGUGGUACUCACUUCAUCUUCCUCAACUGUUAGAGGAAGAGAAGAUUUUGACCCCAAAAUACCAUUGGAUGAGUCAUCUUGGACCUCUGUUCAACUGUGUGAGAGACUUAAGGUGUGGUAUGCUCUUGCAAAAACUCUAGCAGAAAAGGCAGCUUGGGAUUUCUGCAAUGAAAACGGAAUCGAUUUAGUAACCGUGCUCCCUUCGAUGAUCAUCGGGCCUAGUUUGUCGCCUGAUUUAUGUUAUACAGCAGCUGUUGUCCUUGGCCUGCUUAAAGGGGAAACAGAAGUUUUCCAAUCACUUGGAAGGAUAGGCUAUGUUCAUAUCGAUGAUGCUGCACUCUGCCACAUCCUUGCUUUUGAGAACAAAGAUGCUCAAGGCAGAUACAUUUGCUCCUCAAUUGUGCUGGAAAUCAACGACUUGGCACCACGCUUAUCGUCUCGCUAUCCUUCAUUCCCCAUCUCGAAAAGUUUUGAGGCAUCAAACAAACCAUAUUAUGAUUUCAACAUAUCAAAGGUUGAGAAGUUGGGGAUGAAGUUCAAGUCUGUGGAAGAGAUGUUUGAUGACUGCGUUGCAUCUUUCUUGGAGCAAGGCCAUCUUUCUUCACCUUCAUUUAUACCCCUCCCUUAAACUGGAAAAUCACUUUAAACCUCCAUGUUUGCAGUAAUUAAAUACAAAAAUAAGGUUUAUAUAUCAUAUUCGAAGAAUCUAUGCUCGCAUUUAUCCCUUUAUUGAAUAAUUUUUGAGUUUGAA